AUGACCGCCGCACAAGCAGAUUUAUGUGGAGAUCUGUUUUCUCGUUACUCUCGCUACAACAAGUUACGUCGUGUGGUUGCAUUCUGCGGCCGCUAUAUCCAGCGAUUAAAGGAGCGCAUAGAGUUGCGCAGUUCCGGAUCAUUCCCUUCUCCGUUGGCCAUUAGUAGCCGAUCCAUUUCAACGUCCAUCAUACCACUCACCACUUCCGAGCUCCAGCACGCUGAAUACCUACUCUGCCGUUUAGCGCAGAAGGAAACAUUUGCUGAGGAGUUGUCGGAUCUUUCGAAUGGCGAACGUGUCGCCAAGUCAUCAUCGCUGAAGUGGCUGAAACCGUUCGUGGAUGAAGACGGUACUCUUCGCGUCGGAGGUCGCCUACGUAUCGCCGCACUAUCCGUCGCAAACAAGCACUCGAUCGUUCUGUGCGCCAAACAUCCGCUUUCUGCUCUACUGGCUAGCAGUUUUCACAUUAGCCUACUGCACGCAGGGUCACAACUCCUGCUAGCCACUCUCCGCCAGAAGUUCUGGAUCAUUGGCGGAAGAAAUCUUGUCCAGUCCGUCUUUCACCAAUGCCACACUUGUUUCCGAUCCAAUCCCACUCUAGUCCAGCAGAGCACAGCCGAUCUGCCGGUAUCGCGAGUGUCGCCGACGCAUCCGUUCUCCAUUUGCGGUGUCGACUAUUGUGGACCAUUUUACGUGAAGUCAGCAGUACGAACCCGUGGCCCCACGAAAGUCUUCGUGGCCAUAUUCGUUUGUUUCUCGGCCAAGGCGGUCUUCAUCGAGCUAGUGAGCGAUCUAUCCACUCCAGCUUUCCUAGCUGCACUCCGUCGUUAA